CCGGGGUAGCAGGCCACGACGGCUCUCUUCGAUACGUUGUCAAAUGCCACCACAAGCAACUCGGUCGCCAUGCCCGCAGAGACGCAACUGUCAGCAGCACAAGAUCCUACAGUCAAGGAUCAAGGUAAUCAUGUUGCGCCUGCGAACGCGGUAGAUGUCGCGUCGGCAAGGAAAGAACCACCUCCUGAGCGGCCAGAAAGUAUACGAUUGCGAUACUUGGUCCUCUCCUCUUUCUGGGCCAUUAUAAUCUUUCUGGGUCUGCCAAUAUGGUGGAAGACAACGUCAAUAUACAGGGCGCCUCUCCCAAUGGAUGAGAUGAUGGAUUGGGCAGAUGGCAGAGCGUGUAGACCAGUCUUCCCACUCCGAAUAUCUAUCGAGGCCGAUUCCCUCCAAGAUCACGAAGCACAGAAUCUUCUGCGGACUACUCAACAUGCUCUAGACGACUUGAAUGACUUCUCCGCACAUCAUCUUCGACUGCAGCUCUCCCCGCCUGCCAAUGCCUCAUCAAACGCGAAUGAACUGUCGACUACAGCUGCGGAUGAAGAGCUAGCGCUGACUAUCAGGCUAUUGAAGGGCGAUUCAAUCCAAGCAGAUCUCCAGAAAUACUCUCCAAUACUGGACAUCUAUUAUACCCCGAACCAAAUACCGACCAGCUCCUCGUCCUCGUCCUCAUUGGCCACAUUCAUUGCGAAUACACUAAGGCAGAUUUUCGCUGAGGAACAGGCCAUGAUUGCCUAUCUCCUCUCUACAAGUUCUGCACCGCCAGAACGGAGCCCGAAAGCUCUUGCCCCAAAUGUGGCAGAGUCCCUAGCGAAAUGGACUACGCGAUCCAUGAAAUACUCGAGAACAUACCAUUUGACUUUCUCGCUCUUCACGCCGACCGCCACCCCUUCGAGCUGGGAUAUCGAGGCCGCAUUGGAGGAUCACAUGAAGCCAUUGCUCCAAAGCUUCUCGGCGAUAAGCAAUUUUACAAUUGAUACACAGGUUCAGUUGUACGCGACUCCAGGGGUUAGCGGGAACAUCUUAAAGAAAGAAGAUCUGAGUGGGUUCAUCAAUGCUGCAGAGUGGCCUUUGAGCCCGAGCAUUGGUGGGGCUCCCACGAUCAAUUUCAUUGUGUACGUGGGAGAUAUGGAGGUCGAAGGCGGCGGAAAGAGUUGGCUCAUCCCUCAAUGGGGCGGAGUCGUCAUCCAAUCUGACGUGUCUGAUCUCCGACCAGCCAUGCUCACCUUUUCCAACCAACUCAUGUCCUUACUGGGAGCUCCUGAAUCCGGCUCCCUUCCCUUGCGCCUGAUGACAUUGGUCCGCGUCCGCAGUGCAAGCUUACUGUUGAAAGCGAGUGGCACUUUGGGAAGUCUCGCUCGUCUAACGAUAGCCCUGCCAUCGAUAAGUAUUCCUCGAAGCGUAGCAGACGGAGUUUAUACGACUAUUGAACACCUCCGCAAGACAUGCGACGGGCUGGGCGGACAGGGAGGGUUGGAAAAUGCACGGAUUGCCGAGGAGGCGGCGGAGAAGGCCUUCUUCGAAAAGAGUAUGGUUGGCCAAGUAUAUUUUCCAGACGAACACAAGGUAGCAGUUUACCUGCCGUUGCUGGGUCCCAUUGGCGUCCCUCUCGUGAUGGGCGUGUUGAAGGAGGUGAAAGCGUGGAAGACGAGGCGGCGGACGAGUAAGCAGAGUUAAAAUAUACCCAAAAAUGCGUUCGGAUUCCUUUUCCAUAAAAAAUAGAAUUUUGCCUUCUCUUGAACGUUAUCCCUUCAUCUAUUACCGAGUCUAUAUCUCCCUAUCCUCACAUUGAGACUCACUAUCACGGGGUUUUUCUGAUUGGAGCUCGAUAUUGGAUCUCUAUAAAGGAAAUGGGAUGGAGUAGGAGAUAUGGGGAUGAGAUUCGGAAAGGCUAAGAUCCUGGACUAGAUAUGAUGACCGGGACAUUGGGAGACCGAACUUCUGUGGUAAUCCCUGAAAGCUGUCCUAUGGUUGCGGUUGAGCAGAGAGUGAAGAAUAGGGAAAGAUUAGAGGUCGUUAGAUAAGGUAUCCAGGAGGCCAAUUUCACCCCAGGAUUUUCCCAAGU